AUGGAGUAUCCACCCAAUUUCUAUCGUCUAACAAGCUUGCAGAUCGGGUGAGCACGCCCCUUCCUACUUUCAUUUCGACGAAUUUUGUUCGCUGCAACGAAGAGCAAUAUCGACCUUGAGAAGAUAUUCAGUAAUGUUUUCUGACGAAAACCUGCAGAAAUGUUCGAGGCUAUCCUUCUUCGUCCUACCUGUAUUCGGCUCCCGAGAGCAAGAAGCUUCUCAUCCUGGUCGACCACCGGCCGUCGUCAGAGAACGAGGGCUCGACGAGGACAGAUCCAGACCAGAGCGAGAUCCUUAGCGGCAAUCACAACCAAAGAUCCGCCAUCGGAGCCUCCAAGAUAUUCCAGAAAUCAUGCGCCGUCUUCAACGCCGCGAAAUCGAGGACUAAGCACCUGCUCGCAGUCGAUGAUCUCGGCAAGAGACGCCGUGGUAUUCUUGUCUUGGAAGUGGCGUGGAAGGACGUGUGCGGCAUGAAGUACCAGAACGACCUACUGGUAGCUCGUCGACUCGAUUGUUCUAGCGCUCCACUUUAUCCGAUUCCUUUCCGAAGGGGCUUAUGCAGGAAAAUUCUAUGCUUACAGACGGACGCAUCUUUCGCUCUGGAAGCUAAAUUCAUGGAGCAAUGGGAGUUCGACGGGCCAGACAGGGCAUCCAGAUACGUAUCCUCGUGGUUCUCGGGAACAGAUUCCGAGGUUCGGGCGCUAAAGGAUUGCCUGAGGUGGAUCAUUUCCUCCGGGAGGACUGACUCCAGUGAAUCAGUUCCGAAGGAAGACGGAGAUGAACGGGAAUCUUCCUCAGGAACAGAUGAUCGUCACCAACAGGACAAAGUAUUAGGCGACAAUGCCACUAAAUGCGGCCAAACCUUCACAGGACAAAUUAUUAGGCGACGAAAACAAAUGCGGCCAAACCUUCAUCUUGUUCAGAUUCGGGGACGAAAACAAUAAUCCCUCCGCUGACCUUAGGAAGACGAUCCUCGACGAUGUGAGACUUCCUCGGCUGCUGGAAUCGGGUCUCCCUUCUUGGGCAAUCUUCUUCCAGUCGUAUCCCCCGUUCUCGCACUGCUACCGCCCUUGGCUGCGUCAUCUGGUGCGGACAAUCCACGGGCUGAUCUUGUUCAUCUCCUUCGUCAUCGGAUUCUACGAUCUGUACAGGAACAUCCCCCUCAUGAAAGCGGACCUCUCCCGGAUCUCCGGCUUCCUGUGCCUGUGGAUGGAGGCCUGCGGGAGGAUUAUCUCCCAGAACUUUGAGAAGGCCGUCAUGUGGUUCCUGCGGAUGGGGAAGCUGCUCGCUGAACCUCUGGCAGUCGGAGGCUUCGGGAUGUUCCUCGCCCCUCUCUGGAGGAAGUGCGCGGGAACGGCGGAGCUGAUGUCUACGGUACUCUCCUACGCCAUCGCGUCUCUCUACCAGUUGAUCGGGGUCUUGAUCAACUGGCCCUGGGAGAUAAUCUCCUCCUCCAUGGGUAAAACAGGUGAGAUUUCUGUCUGCUGAUAUCCUUCCAGAUCCAAAAUUCCUUCGCCGUAAUUCGGUUAUCUUUCUCCACAGCGGCGCUGAUCCGACUGGCCUUCACCGCGGCAUGCGAAUUCAUUCGUCCUAAGCUCCGGAUCUGGGGCCCAUUCUUCGGGUGGCUGGAGGCCGGUGAGGUGUUCAGGUUCCCCUACCUCGGGACGAUGCUCCUGAUCCAGAACUUCGAGAAGGCCGUCAGGUGGUUUCUGGGAACGGCGAGGUUGCUCGCCGAGACUCUGGCGGCGGCCGGCGUAGGGAAGCUCCUCGGCUGCGUUCGGAAGAUCUGCGCGGGGACGGCGGAGGUGAUUUCUUGGGAGUCCCUCUCCGAUCCAUUUCUCGACCUGUUCAAGGACCUCUUCGAGCUAAUCUCCCCCGGCAUUGAUGAAACAGGUGAGAUUUCUAUCUGCUGGCAUCCUUCCACAUCCGAAUUCCGUGCCCCGUCCAAUUGUCUUUUUCUACAGCGACGUCGAUCGAAGUGGCCCUCACUUCCGCGUGGGAAGUCCUCCUCCCUCGUUUCCAGCUGGUUCUGUCGUCGCUGAAGCUCGUAGUCUCAGAAGCAAGAGCCAGCUUGCCCGAUCUCAGAAACCUCUGGGACUCGUGGCGAUUGCUGUUGAAGCUUCUUCCAUCAUUCUCAGGCGGGGGCCGAGGGAACAGCUCCAGGAUCACAAUCUGGACUGAUCUCCGCAGAGAGUUCCUCUCCUUCCAGGUGCUGCUCUACAAACCCUAAAAGACCCAAAGUCGGGAAUCCUCACACCUGGACGAGCCCUAAAUUUUGCCGUGAUUUCAACACAGGUUCUGGGGUCCAUGAAGACGGUCAUGAAUGGUCUAGUCACUUUGCUCAUCUCCUGGAACCAGACUAGCCAGAGGUGAGCGGCGCCGGCUGUUCCUCUCCCUCCAUCCGCUGCAGGAUCUCCUCUUUGCUAAAUUUCCCACCCUGAAACCACCACGGUCUUCUUUGUCUUCCUCCCGCGACUGAUUUCACUCUCCUGGUCGCAUUGCAGAGACCGCGACAUUGCGAGGGGACUACAACAUCGGAGCCCCACCGACUCCUCCCCCCCUCCUCGGUCUUGUCCUUGCCGGCAUCCCCAGGAUCACUGCGACCGCUGCGAACAGGAAGCAGAGCUCCCGCACCGAUGA